CUGGUCGCGGUCUCCAGCCGGGGCCGCCCGCAGCCGGCUGUUCUUUAUCCAUCCUCUGCUGCCGGGGCUGGCCCGGCCCGGGGAAGGACCGAAGGGGACCCAGCGUGUCCCCACGGCGGCUGCAAGAGGAGCUAAGCAUGGAUGGCAGCCGGAGAGCCAGGGCAACCUCUGUCCUUCUCAGAUGUAGUCCACCAGAUCUAUUUAAAGGACACUUGAGCACCAAAAGUAAUGCUUUUUGCACUGACUCCUCCUCUCUCAGACUAAGUACUCUCCACCUUGUCAAGAAUCACAUGGCUGUUCACUAUAAUAAAAUCCUUUCAGCCAAAGCUAUUGUAGACUGCUCAGUUCCAUUAAGCAUGAGUACCAGCAUCAAAUAUGCAGACCAGCAACGAAGAGAAAAACUCAAAAAGGAAUUAGCACAAUGUGAAAGGGGGUUGAAAUUAACUAAAACUGCAAUGCGUGCCAAUUCUAAAAAUAAUUCUAAGUCGUUAAACACUCUACAAAAGCCUUCAGGGGAACCACAUGAUGAGGAUGGUGUGUUACUCAAAGAAGUGAAUGGAUUUCCGUCCUUUACAAGGUCACGAGUAACUUCUUCAGAGAGACUACACCUAAGUGCACCUAAAUCCAGUAAAGUGCUCACAAACAGUCCUGAGAAGAACUCCAGUUCCUCCCAGUCCAGCAUGGAUUACACCACCUCUGGGCCCAGGAAACCAUGCUCCGGAACCGUGUAUGGCAGAAGGCCCAGGAGCACAGUCCCAAAUUCCUACCGGUUUGAGCUAGUUAUUUCAAAAGCACCUAGUGGGGACCUUUUGGAUAAACAUUCUGAACUCUUUUCUAACAGACAUUUGCCAUUCACUCCACGCACUUUAAAAACAGAAGCGAAAUCUUUCCUGUCACAGUAUCGAUAUUACACACCUGCCAAAAGAAAAAAGGAUUUAACAGAUCAACGGAUACAAGCUGAAACCCAGGCUGGAUUAAUAAGCAGCUUUAAACCUGAUUUUGAGACAGUCGAGACUAAGAACUUCAAAGAUUCAGAGCUCCAGGCAUCUAGUUGUAUGACAGUUGGUACCCAAGGGAAAAUAAGCCCUUUACCUGUAGAAGUGCCUGGCUCCCCGUGGGACAAGGUUAAAGAUGGUGCUCGUCAGUGUUCUUCCUCAAGUGAAGAAGAACUAUUGUAUCUGAGUUUCAUUGAAGAUAUAACAGAUGAAAUUUUGAAACUUGGUUUAUUUUCAAACAGGUUUUUAGAACGACUGUUUGAGCGACAUAUAAAACAAAAUAAACAUCAUUUGGAGGAGGAAAAAAUGCGCCACCUGCUGCGUGUCCUGAAGGUGGAUUUAGGCUGCACAUCCAAGGAAAACUCAGUAAAGCUAGACGAUGUUAAUACGUUGAAUUUACUUGAUUUUGAAAAGGCUAAGAAUUCAGAACAAAAUGAAUAUAAAAAUGAGCAAGAUACAAUAAUUCAACAGGAACGCCAAGAAUACCAAAAGGCCUUGGAUAUGUUAUUGUCUGCACCGAAGGAUGAGAACGAGAUACUGUCUUCACCUGGUGAAUUUUUCCUACCCGUCUAUAAGUCAAAGUAUUCAGAAGGGGUUAUAAUUCGACAGGUGAAUGAUGAAACAAAUCUUGGACCUUCAAUUUGGGAUGAAAAAAAUCCAAGUAUUUCAAGCAGCUUCACAGACCAAGAAACCUCUGUGAAUGUCAUUGAAGUUGAUAAUGACACUGAAAAGGCUGAGACUUCAGCUGAGUUAUGUCUUCUCAGCACAGCACUCUCCCAGCCUCUUCAGUUCCGCGGUGUCAAAGGUGACAAUAAUCACGACGUGGAAGAACCAACUCUUAAAAUCAUGGAAAUGAGCAUUGGGGACUGCCCUUUGGAUGUUUGAUCUUCAUUAAUAAAGAUCCCAAAUGGUCACUAACUCAA